AUGGCGUACUCUGAAGAAAUACACAUUGUGCACUGUGCGUUUUCCGGGAACAAAGUGUCGGUGGUUCUGGGAGCGCAGUGGGGAGAUGAAGGCAAAGGGAAAGUUGUAGACUUAUUGGCGACGGAGUCUGACCUCGUGUGCAGGUGUCAGGGAGGAAAUAACGCCGGGCACACGGUGGUGGUGGAUGAGAAAGAGUAUGACUUCCAUCUUCUCCCCAGCGGGAUCAUCAACACCAAAUGCACAUCAUUCAUCGGUAACGGCGUAGUCAUUCAUCUUCCAGGAUUAUUCGAGGAGAUCGACAAAAAUGAGAAGAAGGGGCUGAAAGGAUGGGAAAAAAGGCUGGUCAUCUCCGAUCGGGCUCACAUUGUAUUUGACUUUCAUCAGGCCGUGGACGGACUUCAGGAGCUUCAGAGACAAGCUCAGGAAGGACAAAACAUAGGAACAACUAAGAAAGGCAUCGGACCCACGUACGCCUGUAAAGCGUCUCGCACUGGGCUCCGCAUCUGUGACCUGAUGGCUGACUUCAGCGAGUUUUCUAGCAGGGUGAAGAACCUGGUGCUGCAGUACCAGUCCAUGUUCCCCGCUCUGAAAGUGGAGGUGGAGAGCGAGCUGAAGAAGCUGAAGGACUACGCCGAGAGGAUCAGGCCUCUGGUCAGAGACGGCGUCUAUUUCAUGUAUGAUGCAAUUCACGGGUCGCCGAAGAAAAUCCUGGCGGAGGGAGCAAACGCGGCACUGCUGGACAUCGACUUUGGAACGUACCCGUUUGUGACGUCGUCCAACUGCACGGUGGGGGGUGUGUGCACCGGUCUCGGCAUCCCGCCGGCGAACAUCGGUGACGUGUACGGAGUGUCAAAGGCCUACACCACUAGAGUCGGGAUCGGGGCUUUUCCCACAGAACAACUCAAUGCGGUGGGCGAGCUGCUGCAGACCAGAGGUCAUGAAGUGGGCGUGACCACAGGCAGAAAGAGACGCUGUGGUUGGCUGGAUUUGGUUAUUCUCAAAUACGCUCAUAUGAUCAACGGAUUCACUGCCAUUGCUUUGACUAAACUGGACAUCCUCGAUGUUCUGGAUGAAAUUAAAGUUGGCGUUGCCUAUAAGAUCAACGGCAAGAGAAUCCCGUAUUUCCCGGCAAACAUGGAGGUGCUGCAGAAGGUGGAGGUCGAAUACGAGAUGUUUUCCGGAUGGAAGACGGACACAUCAGCGGCCAGGAAGUGGAACGAUCUUCCUCCCAAAGCCCAGAACUACAUCCGCUUCGUGGAGAAUCACAUCGGCGUUCCUAUUAAGUGGGUCGGCGUUGGCAAAUCCAGGGAAUGCAUGAUCCAGAUGUUCUAGGAUCGCCCACAAUCCUCCUGAAGACCACCAGCACCGCGGGACUCUUGGUUGCACUGCUUGGCAUUCAGAAAACUCUCUUAGCAAUGUUGUAGUUGAUGGAAGAUCAGCUCUGAAUGGCUGUGUAUGUGCAGGCGUUAUAACAGAUCGACUGCAACACCUGAUCAUAAAUAAUGGCACUUGUGUUAAUGUUGAGUUUUUGGGAUUCAGUUGAUUAUGAGACACAUAAACCGAAUCCCCUGAAACUGUGUUUAUUUCUUUUUUUGGUUGCUGUGUGCAUUUCACUUUCUGCUUUUAGAAUAAGAUCCCGAAAGCGUGUCUUUCCAUUAAAGUGGGUUUUUCCUUUGUGCCGCACUGGCUUCUUUCCUUGUCUGAUGGCGGAUAUAAUUAGGUUAGACGCACUAUUAGCUGCGUCAGAAAUAGAUUCAGACGGAGAACGCUGUGUUCCCCUCCUUGAUGCCAAGAUGAUCUGAUC